AUGCAGCUCAUCUCUCUUCUCACCUCUUUGGCUUUCGUGUCUGCGGUGGUCGCAGACAACCGGGGCAGCUACACCGUUGCUGGGCUUGGGGCUCGCAAGAAGGAGGUUUUGAAUGCCGGUGGCAACACUCGUGACAUGGCCAUUGCUAUGCUGGAGACCGACACCAUGACUACUGAUUACACAUAUGGUGAUGGAAAGUCAGGCGACGGCACCAACUUCGGUGUGUUCAAGCAGAAUUGGUUCAUUCUGAGAAAUUCUGCCUCUGAAUUCCUCGGUCAGAGCGUAGACCAGGUCAGCAAUGGUGCUAUUCUCAAUUCGGAUCUGAAGAAGGACAUCCAAGCUCGUCAUGACGGCGAGAAGCACUACGGUUAUGAAACCUGGUUCAGUGGCCACCGCAAUGGAGAAUCAGGUGUCAACAACCCGGGCACGGAGGACAUCACGACAUACAUCAAUGCCGUAGCAUGGAUCCAACAGCAGAUUGAGAGUGAUGAAAAAUACCAGAGCGACGAUACUCGCUUCUGGGUUGAUGUCGUGGCCAUCUAG